CUUGACUUUUAAAAGCAAGGCCCUUUACUGUAGAAUCCAAAUAUCUACCUCCUCACAAAAUCUCUAUGAUUUUUACAUACAGAUUGGGUAGCCAUCAAAAGUCAACAAUGAGAAAUCACACAGCUAUAACAACUUUCAUCCUGCUGGGACUGACAGAUGACCCACAAAUGAAAGCUCUGCUUUUUACCUUUCUAUUUUUCACCUAUAUAUUGAGUGUUACAGGGAACCUGACUAUUAUUACCCUCACAUUGGUGGACUCCCACCUUAAAACUCCUAUGUACUUUUUUCUCAGAAAUUUCUCCUUCUUAGAAGUCUCAUUCACCACUGUCUGUAUUCCUAGAUUCUUGUACAGCAUAUCAACUGGGGACAAUACUGUUACAUACAAUGCUUGUGCAAGUCAAAUAUUUUUUGUUUUUCUUUUUGGAGCAACAGAAUUUUUUCUCCUGGCAGCCAUGUCCUAUGACCGCUAUGUGGCCAUCUGUAAACCCCUUCAUUACAUGACCAUCAUGAGCAACAAGGUCUGUGUCUUAUUAGUUCUCUGCUGUUGGGUAGCUGGCUUGAUGAUCAUUCUCCCUCCCCUGAGCCUGGGUCUCCAGCUGGAAUUCUGUGAUUCCAGUGCUAUUGAUCAUUUUAGUUGUGAUGCAGGUCCCCUCCUAAAGAUCUCAUGCUCAGACACAUGGUUGUUAGAGCAGCUGAUUAUACUUGUGGCUGUAUUUGCACUCAUUAUCACCCUAGUGUGUGUUUUUCUGUCCUACACAUACAUCAUCAAGACAAUUCUAAGAUUUCCUUCCGUCCAGCAAAGAAAAAAGGCCUUUUCUACCUGCUCAUCCCACAUGAUUGUGGUUUCCAUCACUUAUGGAAGCUGCAUCUUCAUCUACAUCAAGCCUUCAGCGAAGGAAGAAGUGGCCAUCAAUAAAGGAGUUUCAGUGCUCACGACUUCUGUUGCUCCCUUGUUGAACCCCUUCAUCUACACCCUGAGGAACAAGCAAGUGAAACUAGCUUUCAAUGACUCUGUAAAGAAGAUUGCAUUUCUGUCAAAGAAGUAA